UCUCCAGCACAACCUCCCUUUAUUCGUGCGCAAAUCGAUCUCUACUCCAUCGCUCAGAUCUCGAAAGAUCGCUAGUUUGACUACACUCGUAAAGAUGCCUCCUGCUCGUCGUCGCGGUGGCAAUACCGCUGCUCAACGCUCCGGCCAGUCCACGCUAUCCUUUGGCUCCCAGUCCAGGGUCACAAAACCCUCGGCCACCACCCCCUCGCAGAAAUCAAAGGAUCUCGAUGCUCUCACGAUCCUCCCGGGGAAGCCUUCCGAUGAGGUGGUAUCGGAACCCGAGAAAUCCCCCGUUACCCCGUCCGAACCCCAUGUGGCGGAGAUCGCCGUGAAGGACCAGGCGCAAACGGAAAUCCAACAACCGUUGACCGAGGAAGACGAGAAGGCGCUGAAGAUCACCGAAAGGGAACUACAACGGUAUUGGAAGCAGGAAGAAGCCAAGAGAAAGGCCCCUCGAGUGCAUCAAGGAGAGCUCUCGUUGCACGAGAAGAUUCUACGACACUUUGAUCUCUCCAGUCAGUUUGGGCCCUGCAUUGGAAUUGCUCGACUAAAGCGUUGGAGACGUGCGAACAUGCUGGGCCUGGACCCGCCCAUCGAGGUCCUGGCCGUGCUGCUGAAGCAAAAGGACGAGACAAAGCAACGAGCCUAUGUCGAUGAACUCAUGUCCUGAGGACCAUCGGCUACAUUGUAUACCAUGACUUAACCUCGAAUACGAACACCGACGGAGGGCAACGGCGUUUAUAUCUUUACUUCAGCAGGGCGUUGGAAACUUGUACAUACCCUUUGAAUGUGAUAUUUUUGAUUUUGUUCAGGCUUACUCUAUCAACGACGGGGGAUUCGUUGCUGUCUCACUUGGUGCUCUUGAGCGAUAGUCUCAAGGAUCAAACCCGGCUGAAAGGAAACAAAGAAAAUGGCCCUCUCCCUCCUUCGUCCAUGCAUGCGUCAGCUCCAGCCAUGUGACGGUUGC